AUGGGGUGCCGGUCCUGCGACAAGCCCAAGAUGAACUACAGGAAGGGGCUGUGGUCUCCUGAGGAGGACCAGAGGCUGAGGGACUACAUCCUCAAGCAUGGGCUCGGCUGCUGGAGCGCUGUCCCUGCAAAGGCUGGUCUGCAGAGGAACGGCAAGAGCUGCCGGCUGCGUUGGAUCAACUACCUGCGGCCCGGAUUGAAGCGCGGGAUGUUCUCCCAGGAGGAGGAGGACGUCGUCAUCAACCUCCAAGCAAAGUUGGGCAACAAGUGGUCGCAGAUCGCGAUGCAUCUGCCGGGGAGGACGGACAACGAGGUGAAGAACUACUGGAACUCGUACCUCAAGAAGCGGGUGAUGCAGCUCGGCUCCAACUCCAGCUCCAACCCGGCCAGCAAGAACGCCUCGCCGGAGCUGCUCACCUCCAUGAGCGCCACCACGGAGCUCAUCAUGACCGGCGGCGGCGAGGGCGGCAGCACGGCGACGUCGACACACGACCACGACGCCAACAUCGGCAGCAGCGGCGCCAUCUCGGCCGCCGAGCCGUUCGUCGACCAGCAGCAUCAGCAUCAGCAUCAGCAGGCCAAGAACUACGCCUUCGCCGACUGGAUGCCGGCCACUGCGGCGGCGGCGGCGCCGGGGCCGGAGAGCUACUCCAUGUCCGCGCACUGGCCGGCCUCCACGGCCAGCUCCGGCAACGUGACGCCGUCGCACGGCGCGUUCGUCGGCGACCAGAUGAGCGGCAGCAGCUACGCCGCGCUGCAGCACCCGCACCAGCACCACCAGCAGCAGCAGGAACACCACCACCACCAGAGCGCGGUCACCGCCGCGGGCGCCGCCGGAAUGGUCGCCGGAGGCGGCUACUUCGACCUGCUCAACAUGGGGGACAUCUACGGCGGGUUCACCACGACGAACGACGAUUUGCUCUUCUGA